GAUGGAUGAAUGAAUGGUAUUGGAAGAAUCAAAAGGUAAAGUUGUACUUCCAUUUUCCAUCUCCUCAAACCCUCCAAACGCUAUCUUCCCUCUGUUUCUUUCAUCAAAGCUUUCUUUGAUGCUUCCCACAAAUCUUGAUAAUCAUAAUAUUUUUGGGAAAUCAUAAAAAUUUCAUCUUUUUUUCAACCCAAUCCUUUUAGGGUUCUUGAUCACACAAUCUUUCCAGCAUUUUGUCUAUUCCCAUGGAGGUUCCAAAAAUGGCAGAGGGAAAGAAUGAGAGCCAUUUAACUUCACCUGCAGCUUUUGUGGAAGGAGGGAUUCAAGAAGCUUGUGAUGAUUCUUGUAGCAUUUGCCUUGAAGCUUUUUGUGAUAGCGAUCCGAAAACCGUCACUGGCUGCAAGCAUGAGUUCCAUCUUCAAUGCAUUCUUGAAUGGUGUCAAAGGAGCUCUAAUUGUCCUAUGUGUUGGCAAGCCAUUAGCUUGAAAGAUCCAUCAAGUCAAGAGUUAUUGGAGGCGGUUGAACAGGAGAGACGGGUCAGGUUCAACCCGACAAGAAAUUCAACGAUAUUUCAUCACCCGACACUCGGUGAUUUUGAACUACAACAUUUGCCGGUUGGUGUGAAUGCUAGCGAACUUGAGGACCGAAUCAUCCAACAUCUGGCUGCUGCAGCUGCUAUGGGGAGGACCCACCACCACAUGGGUCGAAGAGAGGGUUCGAGGAACCGAGGGUCAACGGGUCACGGCCGUCCACAGUUCUUGGUGUUUUCGGCUAACCCUAACGGACCGUCAGGAGCCACCGUGUCGGCUUCUGGUAGUCCGGUUCAAGAGCAAGCCGAACCUACUGCUGUUGACUCUGCUAGGGCAUCGGCCUUACUUACAGCUCGUGGAGGUGCCACAAUCCAACAUAUGACCUCAUCUGGAACGCCUAACGGGUCAAAUAGUCAACAUUUGACCUCCGUUAUUCAUAGAAGCUCGAGUAGCCUGUCUUCCCUGCCCGAUCAAGAUCGAGCAGGGCCAUCGGAAUCGCAAACGGUUUCAGAUACAUGGCGAUCAAGAUUCAGUGCUUUUUCCACAAGAUAUAAAGAAUCACUUUCGAAGAGUACGAGAGGGUGGAAAGAUAAACUUUUUAACAAAAGUCCGUCGAUGUCAAAUAUCGGUUCGGAAGCAAGAAGAGAAGUUAACGCUGGAGUUACUAAUAUGUCUAGCGUAAUUGAACGCCUUGACGUGAGAGAAACUGACGAACAAGAUCACCAUGAUGACGAUGAUUCUUCAUCGGGUAAUUUAGUUCAACAGGUUCCGGAUACUAGAGAAAAUGACCAUAAUCGUGUUGAGACGGCUGGUGUUAAUGUUUGACCAAUAAAAUCUUCUGCUGGCACUUGAGUUGCCACUAAAGAUUGUCUGAAACUUAUUUCCAGAUUACCUCACCUGGUGGAAACUUGUAAAACUUUACAUUCUGCAUGUAAAUCUUUUGGUAUUUUGAUUUGGAUUUGUAUUAUCGUUCGGAAUUUGAAAUCUUUUAUCGUUGUUAAAUCUCUAUGAACCGUACAACCAUUAGUUUUGUCGAGCUGUAUUUAGCAGUACAGCCUGACAAAACUUUUGUUUUGUUGAUGAAAAUUUUCUACUUGUCGAGAA